AUGGAUUCUUUUAAUGAUGUUAAGAAGAGACAACACCAAAUACAUACAUUCUUUCAAAAAAAACUGAAAGUGGAAAGUGAGAAAAACAGUGACGUCCAAGUUACACAAAGUUACAAUGAUUCUAAUUCAAAAGAUUUAUUUACUCAGUCUGAUGUGUCAGUAAAUGAUAUAACCAUUGAUUGUGAAAAUAUAGCAAAUAAUCAAUGUAAUACGUCAAAUAUUACUAGUACCAGUGAAGGUGAUGUUUUAGUGACGAUGACUGGUUCAGAUAUUGGUUUAAUUAUUGGUCGACCUCGCCAUCAGAUAAAUGAUACUGAGAAGUUUGAGUUCUUGUGUAAUUUGUCGCGUCCAAGUCCCGAUUAUAAGUAUCCUGCUAGUGGUUCAAGAAAUCUGAAGUUUCAAAAUAAAUGGUUUUAUAACUGGAAAUGGUUAUCUUAUUCAAAGUCUCUAGAUGGUGCCUUUUGUGUAUAUUGUGUAUUAUUUGGUACUGAUGAAGUAAAAUAUCAAAAGCUUGGAAAAUUGGUUUGUGAAAAAUAUAAUAGUUGGAAUUGUGCAGUUGAGAAGUUUAAUAAACAUCAAAAUUCUGUUGCUGUUCAACUUGACACAAAGUUUAAACUUGAGAUUGAAGAAAAUAGAUUAUUUAUCCAACCAAUAAUUGAAACUAUUUUAGUAUGCGGGCGGCAACAAGGACUAGCACUGCGAGGUCAUAAGGAUUAUGGUCCUAUUCAAUUUGAAACUCCUUUCCCUACAGAAAAUGAUGGAAAUUUCCGAGCAUUACUUAGGUAUCGUGUAAAUGGAGGAGAUCAGAUAUUUCGACAGCGCUUACAAAAUUGUCCACGAAAUGCUACAUACACGAGUUCAGGAAUUCAAAAUCAAAUAAUUGAUAUAAUUGGUUCUAUCAUUAUUAAGAAACUUGUAAAUAAAAUUAACCAAGCAAAAUGUUUUACUGUUUUAGCUGAUGAAACAUGUGACAUUUCUGGGAUUGAACAAUUCAGCCUUUGUGUUCGAUAUUAUGAAAGUGAUACUGGCACCAAUAAAAUGAGAGAAGAUUUUCUCAAAUUUGUGCCUGUUAUUGAUGUUACAGGCAAUGGUUUGGCAGAAGUUUUGAUCGACAGCUUAAAAAAUAUUGGUUUAGACUUAAAUUUUUUACGUGGGCAAGGCUAUGAUGGGGCCUCUGCUAUGCGUGGCCAUUUUAAUGGCGUACAAGCAGUUGUAAGGCGGUCAUAUCCAUUAGCCUUAUACUCUCAUUGUAGUUCACAUUCAUUGAAUUUAGCAAUAUCAGAUGCUUGUAACAUAAAAUCAAUCCGGAACGCCACAGGUACAUUACAGGCUAUUUAUGUAUUUUUUAAAACACCUAAAAGACAAAAUGUAUUGAGAAAAAUUAUUGACGAAAUUGCACCAGAGAACAAGAAAAAAAAACUAAAAGAUUUAUGUCCCACUAGAUGGGUGGAACGACACGAAUCAGUGAUGGUGUUUUUAGAACUAUUUGACUCAGUUGUUGAAGCUUUAGAAGAAAUUUCCAAUUGGGUAGAUAGAGAAACAUCAUCAAAAAGUAAUAAUUUGUUGUGUUCCAUAAAAAAUGGAGAGUUUUUAUUAACCGUUCAUAUUCUCGCAAAAGCACUUUCAAUUAGCUUGCCUUUAAGUCGUCAGUUACAAACAGAAAAUUUGGACUUGGUUAAGGCUAUGGAUUUAGCUGAAGAUGUGUCUCAAGCAGUAAUGGAGUUAAGAAAAAAAGCUGAAGCAGAGUUUAAAGAAAUUUAUACUGAAGUAAACAGAAAAUGCGAAACCUUGGGAGUUGCAAUCACCAUACCUAGACUUACAAAGAAUCAAAAACAUAAAUCAAACUUUACCACCAACUCCAGUGAAGAAUAUUUUAGGUUAUCUAUAUAUAUUCCAUUUUUGGACAGUUUUUCAAACCAAUUAAGAGAAAGAUUUUUAGCUCAUAAAUCACUUGUUAAAAAUUUUUCUUGUUUACUGAGUGUUCAAGAUGAUGAUGAAGAAAAUUUUGUUGAACUUAUAAAAAUAUAUGCAGAGGAUAUUGUAGUUGAUGAAAAAAGUGCAAAGGGUGAAUUUUUGGUUUGGAAGCAACAGAUUAAAAAGUCCACUCCAAAACAUGUAAUAGAUGCUUUGCAUAACUAUAAUUCUAUUAUUUUUCCUACAAUUCACAGGCUGUUGGUUAUCUUAGCAACAUUUCCUGUCACUACAUCUACGAGUGAACGUUCCUUUUCAACUCUCCGUAGACUUAAAACUUAUUUAAGAAAUACCGUUGGAGAAAACAGGCUGAAUGGUCUAGCUUUAAUGAAUAUUCAUAGAGAUAUACCUAUAUCUACGGCAGAGGUUAUUGAUGAACUUGCACUCCAAUCCCGCCGCUUAAAAUUCGCCUAG